AUGGACCAACCCAAGAGUCCUCUCGAGAAUUUUGGCAAAAACGAAUCAAUUUACAAAACUUUACAUGAGCGAUGCUCGAAAUGGUUUGUCCGUCAUGUCGAGAACACAGCGAAGUCCUCGAGACCAUCCAAACCGGAGACCACAAACUUCCCAUACAUGCCUUCUCCAGACAUACUCUUGAUCCAUCUAGAUGCUUUGAGGGUGUCUCUUUCAAGGGUGAAAGAGACCUCCGUCAGAGAGAUCUAUAAGGAGUUCCGACGAGAGUUGGAAACACGGCCAGCGAGUCGCACAAAUGGUGCCUCAGUGGGCUUAGGUCUUGGACCCGAAAGCCCGUCAUCGUCAGACAACAAUGACCGGAACCCCACCGUACACGGGGUUCAGUACGUGUUUCUACUCAUGGGCUUACUUUCCAUGCUUUAUGAGCCCAGCCUAGCCCCGCGAGACGGAAGAUUCGACGUCGUUCUAUCAAGGCCAGACGGAGAUUCUCCACGCUUUAGCAGGCAAAUGAAAGGGCAGACAGAAGAGGUCACCGACUCGUUGGAAGUGAAAGAUCAUGAGUCCUUGUCUUUCUACCAGUUGUAUGCUUCCUUUGGGCGACGUCUUCCUGGAGCAUCCACGACCGAGCAGGCUACGGGAAGCGACACGAUCACGGCAUCCAAUAUCUACUACUCUAAUCUCCGUCGGGUCGGAAAGCUUCGUAUCGAGUGGGUCAACGACAUGCUUCAUCACCUUGACCUAGAUGAACGAAAUCGGACCUUGCGUGUAUUUGCCUAUCCUUCUUUUUGCACACUCGUAUGCCUGAGCGAUCCCAAAUCAACAAGUCCACUCAGCAAGCUCAUGAGUCAUUCCCAUAUAAAUCCCGUGUCCCAGGCCGAGGAUGGCGAGGAAAAAGGUCGUCAUCAGUUCUUUGACGACUACUGUCGAGAAAUGUUAAUCUCCUUCGGAAUCAUCUUUGCCCAAGAAUCGGGAUCACGCCGGGCGGUGAGGACAGAGGCAAGAAGCAAUUGGCUACGUCGUUGGAGGGCUGACGAAAAGGAAAACACGAUGGGACUAAGCUGGGCUAUGAUUCGUCAAGCCGAUGAGAUCAUAUGGGAACUCUGCACCAGGAGCUGGGAAGAGAACCCACUGUUCAACUACCUCCAAUCUCCGCCCACCAGGAGCAACUAUUCCACCCAGGCCGACUUCCCCUUUCUUGGACAGAAGCUGAUACGGCUCCAGGACUACAUGAACGUCCAGAGCCCCAACGACUUCAGAACCCUCUUAUUUGAUCGUCGGGAUCCUCUGCGGUUCUGGACUUUUGUUACGGCCAUUGGUUUCGGACUCGCAUCACUGGCUUUGAAUACAGUGACGAUUGCUUUGGCGGCUGCACAGCUACGUCAGGAUGCGUCGAACACUUCGGGGUCAAAUUUGACAGCGGGUUCUUGA